CAUGGCAGAUUGAGAGAAUUCUUUCUCUGCUUAUUUUAUAGAUUAUUUCACUUUAUGAUUAUAAAAUAAAUAUGUUAAUUAACGGUAACUUAACUUUAAGAUUUAAAGCAGCUGAAUUGCAUUACUUUAACUGGUUAUAUAGUGUGGCACCAUGUUUUGCUGUAAACGCGUCCAAAAUCAAUAUAAUUACUGAUCCGCGGAAGUUCUACGAUUCUUUAUAUGAAAGGUUUAAAACAGCUAAUCGUCGGAUAUCGGUGGCUAGUUUAUAUAUAGGAACGGGGGCUCUGGAAAAGGAUUUGUUGAAAGUGACAAAGGAAAAUAUGAUGGGGAAUAAGUCGUUGAAAUUGAGUGUUUUGCUGGACUAUCAGCGAGGAACACGAGGUGGGGUAAACUCACGGAGCUUAUUACAAGAAUUCUUGACAAGUGUUCCAGAUCAGUGUAAUAUUUAUUUAUAUCAAACACCUCGUCUUCACGGAUCUUGGUCCAAGGCUCUGCCAGCCAGGUAUAAUGAGAUUGUGGGUCUUCAGCACAUGAAACUGUAUAUAGCUGAUGACUCGGUACUGUUGAGCGGGGCCAAUUGUUCCAAUGAUUACUUUGAGAGGAGACAGGACCGGUAUAUUGAAAUCCAGGAUGCAGACUUGGCUGAUUUUUAUUGUGAACUUAUAGAUGAAAUGGGUAACUACAGCAAAAGAUGUGUAAAGGAUGGUUAUAUUGAAAAUAAGUUUGCUUCAAGAGAAGCAGUGACUCAGGAAGUAAAUGAGAAGAUAAUUAACUUCAUUGAGAGAUGGCAUAAUAAGCAGUAUUCAAGCACUUUAUCUAGUGUUUCAGAUCCCAAUAAGGACACAUGGGUAUUUCCUCUAAUCCAAAUGGGCGAGUUUGAUGUCCGGCAAGAUGAAAGAGUGACGCAGGGCUUGCUGGGCUCCGCUCCAGCCAACUCUCUCAUCAGACUGGCCACUGGCUAUUUUAACUUGACUGGAAAGUAUGCCGACACUCUGCUGAAGGAUUGCAAAGCAAACAUUAGUUUAUUGAUGGCUCAUCCCAAUGCAAACGGAUUUAUGGGGGCUUCAGGGCCCGCAGGUGGCAUUCCUCACGCAUAUUCCCUGAUAGCAAGAAAAUUCUGGAAUCGAGUAGAGGCGUCUAAUCAAACAAACAGGGUGCAAAUGUUGGAGUAUGAACGACCAGACUGGACAUUCCACGCAAAGGGUUUAUGGUAUUACCCGCCCGGCAGCGGAGUCCCGUGGGCCACGCUGGUGGGCUCGGCGAACCUCGGCGAGCGCUCGGUCAAGCGCGACCUCGAGGCGCAGGCUGCUAUUUUCACCGUCUCGUCGGAACUACAGGAAAAACUUCACAAUGAAGUAGGUCUCCUACACGCGCACGCGGCGGAGUGCAGCCGCGAGCUGCAGGAGCGCUCGGCGCCGCUGUGGGUGCGCGCUACUGUCGGCCUCUUCCGGUCAUACUUCUGAACUAAGGU